GGUGGCCGAAUACGGAAACAAAUAAAUUACCAGCUAAGUAACUUCAACUCGCGUCAUUUGCUAACUGGCUCUAGACUAGAGCGAUUGCAAGUUUUGUUUAGCGAGUAGGUGUAAGCUAACAAGCAAAAUCUGCUAGCUAGACUACAGUAGCUACCUCCAGGGAAUCCUCACCUGUGUUACCAGAUGUUAACGUUAGGCUACUAACGCAAGCUAAAAACGCCAGAUUUUGUGUUACGGUCACCUCCUCCUCAACCAAAACAGAAUGAAGGGUCAGUUGCAGCCUGCUUGUCGAUUAGCAAUGGUUAGCUAGUACAAAAGUAAAUUGGAUUGGAAUAGGAACCAACCAUACGGAAUAAUAGACUUCAUAUAUUCGAACGAAACAAAUCUGCAAAUUUAGCUAAAGUAGAGACUGACACAUCUUUUAACCUAUGCGAAUUUUACGGCUAGUGUGCCCAUUGUGUCAAGGUUAGCUGACAGUGACGAUAAGCAUUACUAGCUUUCUCCCUUGGUGUCUUCAGUCAGUUCGGUGCGCUUGUUCGGGAACUUGCACCAUCUAACGUUCGAAGAAAAGAUCCCACUUUCAGUAUAGGUUGAGUCCGCCAGUUUCUAUCCCACAAUGCAUAUUGGAGAUUACUUCCGGAACACAUUUGAAGAUUCGGAUACAGCUCUUUCAUUGCUAUUUAUCAUCAGUGAGAAGUGUGAAAAUGCAGCAACGAGAAGAAAAACAGUUGGAAGCCUCCAUAGAGUCUUUAAUAAGUCGAGUGGCACAGUUGAAGAACUCUUUACAUAGUUUUAUCUUCAAACUGGAGAAUGAAUAUGACAGGCUGGCCUGGCCAUCUGUUCUGGACAAUUUUGCACUCCUGUCUGGUCAGCUGAAUACCAUUAACAAGCUCUUGAGAAAUGAGAAGACGCCCUCCUUUCGUAACCAGGUCAUUAUUCCCCUUCUGUUGUCUCCAGAUCGAGAUGAAGAACUAGCGAAACUGACGGAGCAGCGCGUUCCGGUCUUCAGCCACGAGAUCGUGCCUGAUCACCUGCGCACCAAGCCCGACCCGGAGGUGGAGGAGCAGGAGAAGCAGCUGAGCGCUGAGGCGGCUCGUAUAGGACCAGACGUCGCGCAGAAACAGAUCCAGACCUUGAAUAAGCUAUGCUCAAACCUACUGGAAAAGCUGAACAACCCACGGGAAGACAGGGACACUGAGAGUGCUGCCAUGCGGCAGAACAAGCCGUCUUUUAACCCUGCAGACACCACUGCGCUGGUGGCGGCAGUGGGGUUUGGGAAGGGACUGGCGAAAUGCAGGCCCCCAGGGCCGGUGGCUCCUGGGCAGCCUGGACAGGGGCCCAUGAUGUCCGGAGGGCCCACCCUGCAGCAGGUCACAAUCGCUGGGUCAUCGGGCCAGCAAACUGCCAUCGGAGCACCAGGGCCCCCUCAACAGCCUGGGCAGCCAGGAAAAAUGCCUAGCAACAUAAAGACAAACAUAAAGUCUGCUUCAAUGCAGCACCCCUAUCGAUGAACUCGAUGAAAAAUAUGAAUUAUGCUGAAGAUGGGAGACAAAGAAAUAGCUACACGGUCAAUUGAAGACCAGUUUUUGCAAGUUGCGCCAUUUGAUGCUCUCUGAAUUUAAGCAAAAUAUUGUAUAGAUUAUUGUGUCAAGUUUUAUUUUUAUUUUGGAUGCCAUCUGCAAGCAGUUUCUGGUUAAGGAACUUAAAAUAUAUUAAUUUACUUAUUUAGUAAUUGUAAGAUGUAGGACAGGGUUGUUCGAUUUUGUCUGAAAAAGGCCAGUAUCCCAGCUUGAAGACAUCUGGUUCUACUCUUCUACUAUGAUUACUAGUUGAAUCAGGUGUUUUAGUCCUGGCUAAAACAAAAACAUUCAGCCAUAUCGGCCAUGUUUGGGUAAAAUUGGACACCUCUGAUGCAGGGGAAUAUAUAUAUAUAUAUAUAGCACUCACUUUUUUUUUCUUUGUUGGUUAGUCAAUACUUUCAUUCUGUUAUUUUUUGUCAUUUGUUUUUUCCAUGUUGAUUAUGUCUGUAAUAAAUCUGAUUUAUACCCUA